AUGGAAGGAUCUUUAUUUGGCACUCAGAGUUUUACUAAUCCCGAGCAAAUUCAACAAAUUUUAGAACAGAAGGUUCCCGUCAAUUACGUGAGUGUUCGUCCCGGCCCUUCGAACAUGAAACUGACAUAUCUUGAGUCAUGGCGGGUUGUAGAAUUAAGUAAUGCGUUAUUUGGCUUUGAUGGGUGGAGUAGUUGUAUUACCAAUUUGAAUGUUGACUACGUUGAUGCUGAGAAAGGGAAGUACAAAGUCGGCGUGACAGCUGUAGUACGUGUGACAUUAAAGAAUGGGUCCUAUCAUGAAGAUGUUGGAGUUGGGAUGGCGGAGAUGCCGAGGAAAGGCGCUGCGAUUGAAUUAGCGAAGAAAGAGGCGGUCUCGGAUGCGCGGAAAAGAGCACUUCGACUCUUUGGGAAUUACCUUGGGAACUCGUUGUAUGACACUGACUAUGUCAGGCAACUCGAUACGAAUCACAAACAAACAAUUUUGGAACCACUCACUUUUAACUCCGUGAGAGAGUCAACACAAACUAAAACGACGUGUGAAAAUUCUGUUGCGUCAACUCCUAUGAAAAUUAUAAAACCAGAUAUCAAAGUGUGUAAUAGUAAUACUAAUACAAAACAAAGUGCUCAAGUCAUACCACAAAUAAUUCAACAAAAUACUAAUAAUGAUACUCAACAAGAAGUGUUUAUUAAAGCACCUGUGUCUAAUUUGGAAGAUUUCGACGAUUCAAUUUUCGACUUGUAG